AUGGCUGAGGAUGAGGUCUUUAUCCACAUCCUUGACUUGCUGGAGAUGCAGGAUGAGUUUGAAGCCUCCACAGGAUCAGAUCGAGAUUCUGAGGUGGGGGACGAUUUGUCCUCGGUGGCCUCAGAUUUGGAAGAUGAGGAGGAGGACUGGGACCCUCGCGAUGAGUCCUGCUGGAAGCUUUCGCCCAUGGAAGUGAGCAAGGCGAUCCAGGAUCUCAGAGCCCGGCGUUUGCCAGCGAUCGAGGUGUGCAAGAAGAUCGUCCGAAGCGUGAUUGUGCACUACUCCCAUCAGCCGAACGUGAUCCACAUCCCAGCUCCUGAAGUUGGAUCGCGCUUCGUCGUGGUGGGCGAUUUGCAUGGACACUUCGGGGACCUGCGGCACUUGCUCGAAGACCAUGGUGAGCCUUCCCCUGGACCCAAGGGAGCAGUGCGCUUUUUGUUCAACGGCGACUUCGUGGAUCGUGGCACCUGGGGCCCCGAGGUUCUUCUGCUCUUGUAUGCAUUGAAGAUCAAAUCUCCCUCGGCUGUCUAUUUGAAUCGCGGGAACCAUGAAGAUCAGUCACAAAACCAAUUGCCGGACAACGGCUUCGUCCACUCACACUGCACUCGCGCCUUUGGCGCCGACGCGCUGCCCAUGCUUCCACUGUGCCACGUCAUUGGAAACGAGAUCUUCGUGGUGCACGGGGGGCUUCCGAUGGAUCCCAUCGUGACGCUUCAAGACAUCAAUGCCAUCGACAGGCGGCAUGAUGUGCCCAUUAAGCAUUGUGCCCUGAUGGGGUACCCCAAAGGGCAAAAAGUGGUCGCUCGAAAGGACUUGGGCCUCAAAGAUGGCGAGAAAGUGUUCAAAGGAAGCAAAGGCCAGACCUACAGCACGGACACGCACACUUCCGCGACCAGCCCCAAGUGGGAGAAGAACAAGUUCGAGUUGGAUCAUGACGACAAGGCCUUGAAACUGCACUUCGAAGUCAUGACGCGCCAGGGCCGCUCGCCGCUGCGCAUUGCCUCCGUGACUGUGGAGUGGCCCGACUUGCAGCCGGGUGUGCAUGCAGUGGAUGACUAUGUGGUGAAGCCCGAGGCCCCUGGUGUCAAGGACACCGCGGCCAUCCGGGUGGCCUGUACGUUGACGACCGGCUGGAAGCCCAAGCGAGAGCCCACACGGAAGGCGCUCUUCGUGGGCAUUUGCUACAAGGGGACCCCCCAUGUGCUGCCUCAGAGCGACCGCGAUGCCGAGCAGAUGAAGGUCUACCUUUGUGACAAGUGGGGCUUCGUGGAUUCUCCGGAGCACACCAAGCUGCUGAAGGACGGGGCGGGAAGCAAGCCGGAGACGAAGCCGACCAAGAGCAACAUCCGAGCUGCUUUGAGUUGGCUGGCGCAUGACGCAGUGGCAGGUGACAGCCUCCUUUUCUUCUACAGUGGACAUGGAUCUCAGAAACCCAAUCUCCACGACCGUGAGAAGGAUGGCUUCGAUGAGGCAUUGGUGCCUUGUGAUGUUGAUGAGAAUGGGGUUCUGGUCGAUGAUGAGAUCAAUGAACUCUUGGUGCAACCUUUGCCGGAAAGGGUGAGGCUGACCUGCAUUCUGGACUGCUGUCACAGUGGCAGUGGCUUGGACUUGGCUUACCGCUGGAGCCCCUACAUGACGGAGAAGGGAUGGAAGCUGGACAAAGGAGGCUACUAUUCAGAUGCAGAUGUGAUUUGCAUCUCUGGCUGCGCGGACGAUCAGACCUCCACGUCAGUUCCUAUCCUUGGACUUGGAAGACCGGAGAAUCUCCCUCAGAGGGAUGGCAUGCCCUCGGGGCUGUGUGCAGCUUCGCUUUGUGUGGCCAUGGAAGUGCAUGAAGAGCAGUGCAAAAUGAAUUGGAUGGAGAUGCUGAAUAUCAUGGCCACUGUGCUCAAAGACAUGGAUUUCAAGCAAGAAGUGCAGCUUUCAAGCAGUCAGAAGUUCGAUCUCACUCGGCAGUUCGGCUUUCAUGACUGCAUCCCCAACAGCAACAAGUUCAGGGGUGCCGUGGACGGUGGCGAUGGAGGCCAUCCAUUCUACUCGGCUCGCAAUUUGCUCCAGGAUGAGAAGUUCAUGUCAAGUGAUGUCAUGGUUUCAAUGCAACGGGCAGGAUUGGUGCAGCCACUCAAGCAAGCACAAGCUGAGCUCGUCGUGUUGGAUCCAGCAGUUUCACCCAAAUCCUCCUGGUGCCGUUUGUUUGAACGAGUACGGAAGUCCAAUGAUGCCAUCGUGCGCUUUUCCGGGGGAGCGCAAGACGAAGUGGUGGUGCGAAUCUUUGGAGCACCGGAAUUAGAAGAAGAAAUCGACAUCAUCUACAGCUCAGAGAAAGAACGCCUGCGACAGAGACAGCACCGAAUCUUUGUGUCUCUCUUGUGGAGUGAUCCUGUGGCCAAGCCCGGCCUGCGGGGCCCCAGCAAGCGUGGAGCCGGAGCCUUCUUCGAUAGCAAGGUCACCCAGGAAUUUCUGAAGGUCAACAAGCUGAAGGUCCUUCUGCGAUCUCAUGAGAAACGACAAGAAGGAUUCUCCGUGGAGCAUGCCAACUCCAAAGGGCACAUGAUCGCAGCGACGAUUUUCUCUGCUAGCAACUACCCGAAAGGCGCUGGGGAACCCGCCGGCAACAAGGCCGCGGUGGUGGUGCUGGAACCUAAGGAGCCAGGGAACCUGGCGAAUUCCUUAGUCUCCUGGCCUGCCUGGCGUGUGGGCUUUCAGGAUGGCAUUAUGCCAUCGACCAUGUUGAGCGAUGAGUUGAAGGCAAAGUUUCAAGAGGCUCAGGCGGCUUUGACCCUGGGUCCUCGUGCAAGGGCGUUAGCCAAGCUGCGAGAGUUGACCUAUUGCGUCCGACCACAGCUGUUGGGAUAUUGGCAAGCUUUAGAUACCGAGGGGAAUGGCACCAUCUCCAAGGAACACUGGGCGACAGCCAUGCGCGCGGUGGUCAUCUCAGAUGAUGACUUCCCAUGGGAAUGGCUGGAGCCGUACAUGCUGCGAACCCAUGGCGAUCAAUUCAAUUACGCCGUCUUCCUCUCGCAGUACGGGAACUCCCUGGCACGAAAGUUGGCGAAUCGUUUCUACGGAGGCUCCAUGAUGGCCAUUUUGCCUGGAGUGAAGUCCAAAGCAGACAUCGAGAAAGCAUGGUCCACCGUGGACCGGAAUGGAGAUGGCCGUUUGUCGUACCAAGAGUUGAGGCCGCUCCUCCGCGGGGCGGGUGGAUUCGGCGAUGAUUCCUCCGACAAGAUCACCGUGGAAGACCACAUCUACAGUGCCUUGGCACCUGCAUCUGAGCACGGAGGGCGGACACGUGGAGCACACCGAACCACAAAGGACGGGGCCGCCAGGAAGCUCCCGAGUCAGGACUUAGAGAUGCGAAAGCUGUUGAAAGCGCUGGGCUUCAGAGAAGAGGAUGCUGGACGCUUGGUCCAGGCGGCUGAUGGGAUGCUUGGCGGCUGA